CAGUAGCCAAGAACUAGCCAAGUGAUUCCGAAGCCACAAGCCAAGCUUCUCUAUGUGAAAACAAAACAUGGCCGCCGUCGGAGAGAGUUUGAUGCUCGAGAGAGACAUCAAGCGGGCCUGCGAGCUUCUGGAGAAACUUCAGCGCAGUGGCGAAGUCCCAGCGCAGAAGCUCGCUGCACUUCAAAAGGUUCUACAGAGUGAAUUCUGCAACGCCGUGCGAGAAGUGUACGAACAUGUCUACGAAACCGUCGACAUCUCUGGAAGUCCCGACAUUCGGGCCAGUGCCACGGCCAAGGCAACAGUGGCAGCAUUUGCAGCUAGCGAAGGUCACGCGCACCCACGAGUUGUGGAACUGCCCAAAACUGACGAGGGACUUGGCUUCAACGUGAUGGGGGGCAAGGAGCAGAAUUCGCCCAUCUACAUAUCGCGUAUCAUCCCAGGGGGUGUGGCUGACCGUCAUGGGGCCCUCAAGCGCGGUGACCAACUGCUCUCGGUCAACGGUGUGAGUGUUGAAGGCGAGAACCACGAGAAGGCAGUGGAGCUCCUGAAGGCAGCCCAAGGUACGGUCAAGCUCGUCGUUCGCUACACCCCCAAGGUACUGGAGGAGAUGGAGAUGCGAUUCGACAAGCAGCGCGCCACUCGUCGUCGGGUAAAUGCCUCUUGAACACCUUCGGAGGCUGAAGCAGGACCUGUUUAGACACGACGAUGCAGCAUUUUAACCUACUUACCCCUUCCUUUGCGUAACCUACUUGUCCUUUCCAGGGAGUGGUUCUUCAACAUUACGACAGUUCAGGCAGUGUACGAGAUUUCGUUCUCUCUCACUUGGGAUUGUAGAAAUAUUGCUGCUCUCUGCAGAACCCAUUGUAGAGAAUGUGCACAGAUAUGUACACAAUUUCUUGCUGCCAGACUAUCUGUACUUUUACUAGUGGCCUCAGUGUGUCAUAUAUUAUGUGCUAAGUUUGAUACAUAAAAAUAUUAAGUAUAGAAAGCGUAACUGCUUUAAAAUAAGCUAGAUUGAGGUUUCAGCUUCAGACAGUUCGGAAGACCAGUUGCUCAUUAAUUAAUUACUAAAGUAAUAAAUAUAUAACUCAAAUGGCAUUUCAUUGUUUAAUUUGCAUUAGUGUACUUUCUGAGGCCAGAAAUAAAGGAGUUCAAGUUUUAAUUUGUUUGUUAUGUGGAAAUGUGUUUGGGUGUUACACAUGGCUGUGCAAUGCUUCACAUUCAUAAUUUUACUCUUGUCCGUGUAUUUUUGAUUUACAUGUAGGGGCUUCAUGCGUGGUGAUGCUUUCAUUGCCCAUUUGUUGGAGGAAUCAUGGCUAACGCGCACUGCUUGCAGAUUCAUGAAGAGGUAGUCAGUUUUCAAAUGAAAGUGAACACUCUUUUUGACCUCGGUUUUCUGACAUGUGCAAGUAUUUAAUCCUGACCCACUUUCGUGCAUGGUUUGCUUACGAUCCAAUUUGUGGUGCUGUUAUCUGCUGUGGAGCAGUGGCGAAACUGAAACAGUGUGGAAAUUUGGUAAAUUGCCUCAUUCUACCUGUUUUCGCUUAUGAAGGAAUUUAUCUGCCACCAUUGUCAAGGAACUAGGUCACAGCCUCUUAAGGGGGUACACUGCUCUUAAAAAUUCUUUAUUUCUUGAUCGAUUUUGAUGAAACUCCCUGAGUUUAUGUACAUUUGUGUGUUGAUUUCAAAUAUGCAGUAAUUUUACCAGCAUAUUGUGUAGUUUUUAAAAUACGAAGUAUUUCAUGUGCCCAUUGGGGAGCAAGAUUUCUUCCAAACUAAGAGAGUUACAAAGUAAAUCGGCAUAUCUCAAUAAUCUGGAAUCAGAGCUGUGUGCAGUGCAACAAAAAUGGAUGUUCUAAACCCAUUGGAACAAAAUUUAUUGCAUGUUGAGCAUUCAAUUCAUCACUGAGUCAAUUUCAAAUUGGGAUUUCACUCGUGAAUGUUCAACAUCCUCUUUGAUAAGGCAUAUCAUCUUACUGCAUUAAAUCGUAAUGUGACAUAAAGCAUUGUGGCUGUUGCUCUACAGUAGAAUUUCAUUGUAAACUGUACUCGUGGUAGUACUAG